CUAAAGGACUUUCUUACGGGCUUUAAUUAGUUCUUGUCAUUGUCCGGUUGGAUGGAGGGGGGAUUCGAGUUGCAGCCGGGCGCAAAGUAGCAGCAAAGCCAGUGCGUUGCUUAUUUUUCCAGCAAGCGGGUCGUGUAUGAGAAGAGUGAGGCUGUGUGUGUGUAGAAGUUUCUGUACCGCGGCUCAAAACACGCAUGUUUCCCUCAGUGUCUUGUCUGGCAUGCGUUUGUAAGCGCCGUGUGUUGCGUUUUCACUUGUCCGCUUUCUGUUCGUCCAGGAGGAGCCGAGGUUAGGAUCGACUCCUUUAGCCAUGUUAGCUGCAACAUGCAACAAAAUAGGGAGUCCGAGCCCUUCGCCCUCCGCUAUUUCGGAUAACUCCGCGUCCUUUGGAAAAGGCUUCCACCCGUGGAAAAGAGCCGCCGCGAGCAGCUGCAGCCUCGGAUCUGGUCUGUCCGGUUUCGGGGUGUCCCGUAACGGAGCCGGCAUCUCGGACUCUUUCGGCACGAACACCUCCAACGGAUCCAGUGCUUUUUCCCUCACGUCUGGCACCAACUCCAGUUCACACUUUGGAAACGACUAUUCUGUUUUCCAAGCGUCAGUUUCGAGCAGCUCUCAAGAGUCCAGUCACCAGCCGGUCUUCAUCUCAAAGGUGCACACCUCCGUGGACAGUCUGCAGGGCAUCUACCCGAGGAUGAGCGUUGCGCACCCGUACGAGUCCUGGUUCAAAUCGUCCCAUCCUGGCAUCCCCACGGGCGACGUCGGGACCACGGGAGCCUCUGCGUGGUGGGACGUGGGAGCGGGAUGGAUUGAUGUUCAAAACCCAAAUGGAGCAGCACUACAGACGUCCUUACACUCCGGUGGACUCCAAACUUCUUUGCACUCACCUCUGGGCGGAUAUAAUUCUGAUUACUCCAGUUUAAGUCACUCUGCUUUCAGCACGAGUCCCUCUCCACACCUGUUGACAACCGGCCAGCACCUGAUGGACGGUUUCAAGCCGGUGUUAUCCUCUUAUCCGGACACAGCCCCCUCUCCAUUAGCCGGUGCAGGGGGGACUAUGCUCUCCGGGGGUCCACCUGCGUCUUUAGCGGGGUCUCCGCGGUCAUCUGCCCGCCGGUACUCGGGCAGAGCCACCUGCGACUGUCCAAACUGCCAGGAGGCGGAGAGACUGGGACCGGCGGGCGCCAGCCUCCGGAGAAAGGGUCUCCACAGCUGUCACAUCCCCGGCUGUGGGAAGGUUUACGGGAAAACGUCGCACCUAAAGGCGCAUUUGAGGUGGCACACCGGCGAGAGGCCGUUUGUGUGCAACUGGCUCUUUUGCGGCAAGAGAUUCACUCGCUCCGACGAGCUCCAGCGACACUUACGCACGCACACCGGCGAGAAACGAUUCGCCUGCCCGGUGUGCAACAAGAGAUUUAUGCGGAGCGAUCACCUGAGUAAACAUGUAAAAACUCACAGCGCCGGGGGAUCAGCCGGCUCUGGCUCUGGGGGCAGCGGAGGGAAGAGGGGGAGUGACACCGACAGCGAGCACAGCGCACCGGGAAGCCCUCCGUGCCAUUCCCCCGACCUGUUGCACCCACCCGAGUCAACGCAGCGAGUGGGCAUGAACGGCCUCUAAAAAAAAAAAACUGUCCUCAGUGAAACAAAAAAAAAAUACAACAAAAAACAAAACGCGAGUGUCGAGGUGGAAACUGAUGAACGUGGACAUACUUUGGUGUAUGCGCAAUACUUCAUCCUGACUGUUGUCAUGUAAUGAGCGAGGACAAAAUAGGCCUCGGCGUUUUUCUUUGACUUUUUCCAAGUGUUUAAGACUAACUGCAUAAUUCCAUAGCUGUACCAUCAUACAUACAAAAAAAACACAACCGUAUCUAAAAAUGAUCUGCGGUGUGACAGUGUAUAAUCAAAGUUAUUGUGGGCACACUUUCUGCAGCCUCAUCCCUGAGUUUACCCAUCACUUUAUAACAUAAAAAGGUACACGCGUGACACGCGACACAACACACAAAUACACACCCUGACUGUUGUGACAAAUCCACACCUGCAGAGUUGUGUUACCGCUGUCAUUCAUAAUGUUCCAAACCAAACGCUGGCACUUUAUUAUCAGGCAGGAGAAACAGUUUUUAAGUCCCCGCGGACGCUCUGCUCGGUGUGGGAACAAGAAGAUGUGGGGACGUGAUGGUUUUUCAUUGUCAUCCGUGGGAUCCCUGCAGGGACCGUUAGAUAACGCAGGAGCAGUUACAGGUCGAUCAUCCCCACAGCCUACACACACACACACACACACACACACACACGCACACACACAGUGAACUGUACGUGCUGUAAGUUUGUAAGUAUAGGCCAGUUACUUACUCUUUACUUCGCUGCAAAAUGUGUUGUAUAGAAUGAGAUAUGUAGGUUAGAGUAAUUACAGCCCAAUGUAAAGGUGAGUAAUGUAUUUGUCCAGGAGACGAUUUUGUAUAGGUAUUUCUAGUUGUAUAUGGACUCUAGUAAAUAUUUGAAAAUAUACGGAAAUGUACUUGGAUUUUUUCUUUGACAUGAUAUGAAAUGUAUUGUGGGGGAGUUCUAUUUAACCACGAGUUUUUCUUGUAUUUAGGGGUCUAUCAUUAGGCGCACUUUGAAUUUAUUUGUAAGGUUUUGGAAAUCAUUUACUGUUUACCCGCUCAUUUAAUUUAAGUAAGCAUGUUGUAAAGUGAUUUUAAUUUUACAAUGAUAUUCCCUGCGAGAAUGGCUUUUUAUGGAAGCCACUCAAUAAAGUCAGUAUGAAUUCA